AUGUUUGGUACAAUAUUACAAUCUACAAGAAUAUUCAGUAAUAGAAAUAUAUCUUUUGUAAAUCAACCAAUCGUUCAAAAUGCUUUGAGAUCAGGUGUUAGUAGAUUAUAUUCGACUAAUAAUAAUAAUAAUGGAGAAAAUGUUGUCAAAUUAAGAAAUGUACUUAAACAAUUCUAUCAGUUGGUACAUCCAGAUACACUUGCAAACUACCCAAGUGAAAAGAAAGUAAAUUCACAUAAUAUGAAAAUCAUUAUGGGUGUCAUUGAUCAAUACAAGAAACGUCCAGUACCAGAUCCAAGUACUAAACCUGUGGCUCAUCCACUGACUUUCUUUAUGAUCGACAAGUAUGCAGAGACCAGACCAAAUGAAUUGGCACCUUUGAAGCGUGUAGAUAUAGAGGUGAUUGAGAACUCUCGUAAUCCAAAUCAAGUACCAGACCAACUGUCGAAAUUGUUUGGAAUGUGUCACCUCCCAACCAAAUUCAUCACGGAAAUCGACCAAGUCGAUAACUUUAAGCAACCAAAGAUUAAUGGUUCCAUCAAAGACUACUUAUUGGACAAUCGUUACGCCGCCAAACAAAUGUUGGUCGACUCUGAGAAACAAAAGCGUGACGUCGAGAACACUCUCAGAAAGUUGCGUCGUGAACUCGCCGUUCAACUCCAGAUGAACGUCAACCCAGCGGAAACCAGCUUUUCAUUCCAAGAGAAUCUCAAUGCACUCCAGGAGUUCACCGAUGCCUACUUGGCAGUGGCAGCUGAAGUACCAGAGAAACACAGACGUCUCUUCAAAUCGCUCCAAUUCAACUUGAACUAUGCAGAGAUCAACUACACCUCCAACGAGCCAGUGGUCUAUUUGGAUCGUGGAUCACCGGAGACUUGGGCAGGUUACUUGAGACGUUUGGAUUUCAACGAAAUCGAAGAUCAAGUUCGUCAAGAGAAAGAAGAGAAUCAGAAAAAGGUGGCAUCAUUCACCAAACAAAAGAAAGAAUUCGAUACUAACGCUAAAGAGCUAGAGAAAUUGCUUAGAGUCAGAACUGUUACCUGGCAAUACCACGACGAUCCAAACGACGAUCCAAAUCACUACCUUGGUUUACACGAUCAAAUGGAUCUCUGUCAAAGUUUUACAGGAAUGCUAUUAAAGAACAAAUUAGCAAUUCAAAAGAUUAUGAAACAUGGUAAUUACAAGUUCAGUAGAUUAACAGUAGGUGUUGCACCAAACUUGAGAAAAUCAAAGUUUUACAUUGAAAUGGAUGGUAGUUUGAAGGUUUCAACCAGAUGCAGCUUUGAAGAUUUCAUGGAGAUUUUGAUAGAUCAAUACGAUAAUGCUAUUAAAGUACAAAAAGAGAGUGAGAAGAUCGAACAGAUGCGUGAUUACGUUCAGGUCAGACUUGGUUUGAGAGAAUUAACCACUCUCAACGCAUUCAUUUAUAGUGAGGGUUAUGAAAAAGUAUUCAAGGCCUAUCAGAAACUCUACGAGCAAUCCGAGAAACUGAGGAACUUGGAAUUGAACGGUCUUUCGAUUAUCAUUGCAGAUUACUAUUCAAUCUCUAGAACCGGUGAGAUUUAUAUUAAACAUGACUUUAGUGUCGAAGAUUUCAUUGCAGCCUUGUCAGCUCCAACAUCAGAAUUACAACAAGAACCAGAACAACAACAAUUGGAUUUAAAUAACAUUUUAAUGAAUGAUCAACAAGCACAACAAACACAACAACAACAACCAAUGAAUUAA